AUGGCCGGGACCGGGUCCGGUCCCCCCUCCCAGCCGCGUCGCUGCCCGGUGUGCGCCGCGCUCCGCCCCGGGGGUGGUGGCGGCAAGGGCGCCGGGAAGCGCGCGGAGCCGGCGGCGGCCGGAGCGGAUUUUGUGCAGUUGGCAAGUCAGAAAGUGGAUCCUUCACCGGGCGUAAGGAAGAAUGAUUCCUCUUCUGAAGCAGCAUUAAAAGCCAUACAUCAGAAACAGAUCAACUCCUGUUACCUUAUGCACAAAGAUUUGGAACACAAGGAGGAGCUUCAGUGUCAGUUAACCCAAAAAAGUAGCAGCUUAUGUUGUGAGGAAGGAGAUUUGACUGCCUUCUGUGCAUCUACUUCUCAUAUAGUCAAGACAAUUUUAAAUGACCCCGCUGCAGCUCUGAGUUCUGGCAGAUGGACUGGCAGAGAUGCAUCCAGCUCCUUUGGCUGUGGAUCUUUACUGAUCACAGUGACUCAAGACUGCAAGGUCAUUGAAUCUCUAGAUGGAAGGGACUGCCAAACACUGAACGUGGUUCACCCGCAGAUGGGGUCUGAAGAUGGUUACAGAAAGCAAAAGGUUUAUGAGACCGAUGAAUUCAUUCAUUAUUUACUAAACUACUAUCAGACACCAAGCUAUGAACGUGUUUCCCUAGGGACAAAAAACUCUGCAAACAAAUCCUGGUGGAAGAGGGUGGUGUGUGAUGAUGACAGUGGUUUUCACAUCAGCUUGUGUAACAGGCAGGGUCGGCACUUCAGAGAAGUGAGUCUUGUACAAAAUCUCAACAGCAGAAAUUGCGUUGGUGAUGAUAACUGUAGACUAGUGAUCACUGCUGGGGAAUUUGAAUCAACAGACACAGCGUUGAAAAAUAAGACUUGUGCAGAUAGGCCUGCAAGGAAGCUGCAAAUACAGAGGAAUGACACACUCACUGUUGAUUACUUAUCACAUGCUGAACCAAAUCAUUCUUUGGAUUGCACUGCUGCUGCUCGUGAUGAGGAAUUUGAACAAGAAGAUGGUAGAAAUGAAGUUACCAAACAGUGCAAAACUUGUAGAUCUUACCAGUUACAGGACUUGUUGGAAGAGAUCAGUGAUUCUGAGUACUUCAGUGAGGCAUGCAGCGGUGCAAUGAAGAGUGCAGAAAGGAGUGAACAAAUUGACAGCAAUUGUAACAGAGGGUGCUUGCCUGCAAGAGAGAAAGAGAGAAAAUUACUGGUUUAUUUCAAGAAUGUUACUCUGGAAGGUCAAACAAAGGAAAGCAGCAAAUGCAACUUCUGUUCUAGUUCUGCCCAUGAGGGCUUGGCUAGGCAGUGUGAUCAUAACCUUGAAAAGUCAUGCAAGAGGUCUAGCAGUGAAUUAAGACAUAAAGGACAGAAAAGUGAGAGACAUUUCAGGGAAGAGGAGAGAAACACUUACAAAACGAAGAAAAAGAGGAAAAAGCUUUCUUCUGAUUUUUUAUCUGAUGAAUGUGGCUUUUCAGAGACCGAGAGUUGCAUACAGCUGGAGUCACUCAGAAAGAUAGAAAGAAGAUGUAAUAAAGCAUUCCACAACAAAGUGAAAUUCAAGACACUUCACGCAGGCACAGCAGCACCAGGCAUUGCUGCUUCUGACUGCUUUCCACUUCAGGAGACACUCCGGCACACAGGAGAUGAGAGGAAAUUAAUAUUGAGAAGAGAGAUGGAUGCAGAUGAAAGAGGAUGCCCUCUCUUUCCUCUUGAGAUAAUUCAAACAAAUCCCUGCUCAGAUACUUUCUGUGGAGCAGAGCCCAGAAGAGGAUGCUGAACAGCUACUAUAUAAUAGCUCUUAAGCUCCUUUUAGAAGUGGAAGAAGAAAGCCCUUUAGCCGUUAAAAGGUAUUGGAAGUACUUGGGCUUUUUUUCCUUAGGUAAUUCCUUCAGUUAGAAUGGUCUAACUGGUGUAGCAAGCCACAGAAACAGAAUCUCUAUUUACCUUUUGGAUGCAAGGACCAAAAUUUUCUCCAGGGCCAGACAAGCUUUUGUGGACCAGUUGCUCAGAAUUUGAAGAUUUAUGGAUUCAGAUCUCAGAGAUAAACUCUGAUUGAUAUUUACACAAUUCCCUACGUUUACAGAUACAGCAUUUAGUAAUAUCAAGUCCCUAGAAAAACAACAACCACAUAAAUAUAUAAAUCAUAGAGCAAGGAUAUGAAGUGCCUUCUCGAUCAGAUGGUUAAAAUGAUGGAAUUGGAAGCUGUGGGGGACAUUUAUAUGUAAUGGUGGAGAAUAAUAGAUUUCUAAAUAAGAAAAAAAUAUAUACUGUAAUGUUCACAGUGGAAAAAUACUUGUUUAUUAUUCACAGUUCUGAAAGUGUUUCUGAAAACCUGCUGGUCUUUGGAAGGAAGGAUUUCACAAUAACUGCUAGAUGUAGCGCUUCUGAGAAUCUGAUUUUCUAAGCACAGCUCUGAAUGUUGGACAGUGAAAGAGCAACGUCUGUCAGCAUGUUGACAGCUCACACUUAGCAGGUUGAAAAUACCAUAGAAUCAUAAAGUCAAAGCGUGGCUUGGGUUGGAAGAGACCUUAAAGCCCCCCCCAGCCCCAGCCAUGUGGCGGGCUGCCUGCCCACCCAGCUCAGCCUGCCUAGGGCCACCCAGCCCAGCCUGGGGCACCUCCAGGGAUGGGUGCACACAGCUCUGGGCAGCGCCAGGGCCUCACCGCCUACUGCAUAAAGAAUUUCAGCCCAACAUCUAAUCUAAGUCCCCCUUGUUUUAGUUUAAAAACAUUCUCCCUUGCCUCCUUACACAGUCGCUAUCAGACCAUGUAAAAAGCUGGUCCCACUCCUGCUUAUAAACUCCCCUCAAGUUCUGGGAGGCCGCAGUGCAAUCUCCCUGGAGAUCUCUCCAGGCUGAACAAGCCCAGCUCCCUCAGCCCUUCUUACAGGAGAGGUGCUGCAGCCCUGUGAGCAUCUUCACAGCCUCCUCUGGACCCACUCCAACAGUCCCACAUCCUCCUUGUGCUGGGGGCACCAGGCCUGCUCACAGUACUGCACAUGGGGCCUCACGAGGGCAGAGCAGAUGCAGACAGUCCCCCCCCUGCUGCCCGCCUUCUGCUGAUGCAGCCCAGGUCACUGUUGCCCUUCUAGGCUGCGAGCACACACUGCUGGCUCAUGCCUAGUUUUUCACCCUCCAGGACCCCCAGGUCCUUCUCUGCAGGGCCGUUCUCAAGGAGUUUUUCUCCCACUCGGUGCACAUAUCUGGGAUUGCCCCACUGCAAGUUCAACACCUUGCACUUGGCCUUGUUGAACAUGGUUAGGUUUUCAUGGAUCCACUUUUCAAGCCUGUCCAGGUCUGUCUGGAUGGCAUCCCUUCCCUCCAGUAUGUCACCCUGCCCUGCUCAGCUUGGUGUCAUCACCAAACUUGCUGAGGGUGCAUUGAUCUGUCUGUGCCACUGAUAGAAAUGUUGAAGAGCACGGGUUCCAAGAUGGACUCCUGUGGAGCACCACUUGUCACUGGCCCGUGCCUGGACCUGGGAGCCAUUAACCACAACCCUCUGGCUGUGGCCAUCCAACAAAUUCCUUAUUCUUAAUAAUCCACCCUUCAAAUCCAUUUCUCUCCAACUUAGAGGCAAGAAUGCGAUAAGUUCACGAGAUUUCAAGAAGCUGUCCUUUGGAAGGCACAUGCAGUGAGAUAUCUAUUUAGUACAAUUAAGCUUACAUAAAAUUUCUAGAAGAAUUGUCAAAUGCUGUUCAAUUCCUGCUGCAUGGAAGUAAAAAUGUGAAAACUCAGUCUGGGAGCUUGUGUUACAUCUGCAUUUACUCAGACGACUGUAUUUAGCAGACAGUCACAGUUGCUCUGGGCCAAAGUCCCACAGAGAGACAGAGGGGAUCAGUUCUACUCAUAACACACUAAUUAUUUCAACUUUCAUUUUAGUAUGCUUAAUUUAUUACGUGUCAGUAUGUAAAUGUGAUGAUGUUGCCUUCCUUAUAUAACAUAUUACCCACAUUUGUAACUUCUGCUCUAAUAAAUCAUCAUUUUUU